ACUACCUUCCUACAGGACUAUGAAUCAAAUACUCCUCCCGUCCACAAGGCAGGCUUCUCUUUGAUCGCACCGCCGUACCACCUCGUCGACAUCCCUCUCCUGCCACGGUUUCGUGCGAUCUACUACAAGGCCUUUUCACGGUUGUAUCCUUGUACGUCGGUCGCGCGACUUGCGAAAAUCCAAUUUUCAACACGCGCCGUCCACGGCACUAGUAGUCGUCGGGUUGUUAUUGAUAAUUCCUGCAUCCGCAUUUCCUUAUUCCUUUAUCCACAACUCGAAUACAGCCAUCUGCCAAGAUGUUGCACGGCGUGAUCUCGUAUUGGAUGGUUCCGAUAUUCUCGGCCUGCGUGUGGCUCGCCAUGCUGCUGGCCAUGUUGAUAACAUGGCUGGUGCAAGGGUCACCGCAUUAUCCAUCCAUGAACCAAAGCCAGAGAAUCGCAUAUAUUUCCGAUGUGGGCGCACAAGGCCUCAAGCCGUUAUUCAUCGCCAUGUCAGCCGUCACCGUCGUAUCUUUAGAUCUUGCGUUCAUUGCGGAACGCUGGCUCAGGCACAAGGGCAGACUCACACCUAAUACUUCUUUGUUCCAAAAAAUCUGUUCCAUUCUCUCCAUUAUUGCAGCAGUUGUCGGUGCUGCGGGCAUAAUAUUACUGUCGAUAUUCGAUACCCUCCACCAUCCGCGUUUGCAUAACAUCUUCCUGGUUCUCUUCAUUGCAGGAUAUAUCGUCUCAGCCAUAUUCAUCUGUAUCGAAUACCAGCGCCUUGGAAUACACUUCCGCGAACAUCGCAUACUACGCAUUUCUUUCUGGAUCAAGUUGUCUUUUAUCCUCCUUGAGUUGGCACUUGCAAUCGCAUUUGGUGUGACGCAGAAUCAGGCUCAGUGGAACGCCGCAGCCAUCCUGGAGUGGAUCAUUGCACUGAUAUACACGUUCUACGUCUUGUCAUUUUUCCUUGACUUCCUCCCAGCGAUCAAGACGAAACACCACGAAAGCGAAGAGACUACGAUCGGCAUGGUCGAACAGCAGGCGGCGCUCGAGGAUCCUGCGGUUACUGCGCCUACCGGCAGGUUCUACGACAGGACGAACGGAGCUGGUGCAGAAACUCGCUACAACAACGGCGUCGCGAAUGGCACGAAUGGUGUGAAUGGCGUGAAGCCUUGAAGCCGACAUGGCAACCUCCAGAUCUUGCAACGCAGUAUUGUGAUGCAUCAUGGUUUUAGACCCAACAACAAGAAAUGUGGGUCACUGGCCAUACAACAUUUUGCUCGGCGCCUGUAAUACGUUGGAUUCAUCGCGAUUGUAUGUUGCCAUGGGUUUUUGAUUGUAAGAAUUUGGGUACGGUCGUGGUAAUGGGUGAGACUGAUUUGUUAGGACCGGAGACUUGGUGAGCAUUGGGUGUAUAUAGAAAUAGUCACGAGCUGCAUAGGGUCGUUGGAUGUCAAUUUGGGAACCAGAUUUAGGACUUUGAAGAUGAGAUAUACCCUUGGCAAGGCGAAUGGAUUGUUACCAAAAUUUAUACAUAUGAGCUCU